UAAGCUUGUGGAUUUUAAUUUUGGCGCGUUAAGGUGCGCACUUUUUACGCGCAUGACGUCAACUGUUUAAAUUUAAAAAUGGUGGGGGCAUUGCUCUUGUUUCCCAUAACCUCAAACACUUGAAUCUUAAAAAAAAUUAAUGUCAUUUUUAUAAUUAAGUCUCGAUCAUGUAUACUUUUUUAAUCUCGCCUUGAUUGCAAAUAAGGAAUUAAUUAAAACUAAUAAUCACUGAUGUGUAAAUUAAUUUUAAAAAAUUAAUUAAAGUGUAAUAAUUAUUUUUUUAAACAACAACCUGUGUAUCAGCUGUUGGCAUUCGUUCACUUUAUUUUCUUCAACUACAAUCAUUUUAAUUAAUAUAUAUGUUUAUUAUAUUAAGUAUACAAUUUAUAUGACUAGAUGAAAUUAUAAUUACUCGAUUUUGAGUACGGGUUCGUUUGAAUGUUUAUCAAAAGUAAUUACGUGCAGUUCGUUAUUAUUUGAGGCUAGAGAUGGGAGAAGCACCUAAAUAUUAUGGAAAAAGACGUAGUAUAGUACGUCGUAUUGGUUCAUUUCUACCACUAAAACCACCACCCAAAAUAUAUGUACGAGUUACUCCGUUGCAUUCAAUGUCUAGUUCGAUGAUCAACGAAGUCGCUGAUGAUAAUCAUUCAAAUGGUUACGGAGUCGCUGACGGCAGACUGUCUGGUAGUAAACCAGAUUUAUUAGAACCAAUAAGUUUUGGUUCAGAAGUUCGAUUACUAGCAUUAGAGCAAGAACUACAAGAACUCAGGUCACAAGUAUCAAAAAUUGUCAAGACAACAAGCCAACGUGAGCAUUAUUCAUCAUUAGCGUCGUUAUCAAAUGGUAAUUCAAGUAUAGGACUAAGACCUCCACCCCCACCACCUCCUCUACCGCCACCGACGACUCCGCAUAUCGCGAGACGCGCGAGUCUUCAGGAUUACAAAGCCGACGAACGAAAGAAACCUUUAUUAACACAAAAAUCCAUGGCUGAUAUGAUCAAAGACAUUGAUAAAGUCAAAUUAAAGCCCAUUGAAAGGUCACCUGGUGGACGUCCUAUUCGGAAUAAACGUGAAAAUAGUCCCUGUAACGAUUUACAAGAAAUAUUAAGACGUAGAUACGAUGCCAUGAGGUCACCGGACAGUAGAAAUUCAUCAGUAUUAAAUGUCGAUGAAUCAUUUUAGUCCUUAUCAAUCAAUCAAUCAAUUUACUGAUUAAUUUUUAGUUAUCCACACUGCUCAUAUUAUUUUUUAAGUCAUUAUUUUUCUUUUUUUCAAUAAAACUAGAGUAAAUACAAAAUA